UCUAAGUGUGGCCUGGAGCCACGGAUCUGGGUGUGGCCUGGAGCCCCGGAUCUGGUGUGGUAGGAUCUGUGCUUCGAUUUCCAUCCUUGGCCCAGAUUUUCGCCGGGAUUCCGGUAGCACGGGGCUCUGCCAUUUGCUAUAAAUGCAACCUACACCCAUGAAAACAAAUACAAUAAUGAAUCUUGCCAACCUCCAAUUCGUCUAUGAUGCGGCCUGAGCUAGUGCAAAAUCCAGUCCCCGAUCUUUUGAUUUGUAACUGAAUUGAUGGUGUGCUGGCGAUUGGUUACAACCAUCUUCUUUCUUCAUACAGAGCCCGUACAGGAAGUCGCUCGAACAUACUCUCGGGUCUUCAAUUGCCUAGCAUUCCUGAGGAGCGAUGCAACCACCAAAAAGCUUGCAUGGCUUGCAAAGCGAAAGCAUACGAAUAGCAUCCUAUGGAUGCUUGCUGAACCCACUUUACCCUCGAAGCGCUGGUCGUUUAUCCAGAUCCUCGCCAUAGGCGCUACGGAGGCAGUCGUCGCUAUCAAAACGAGAGCGUCAGAGUAUAUAGAGCUGAGACGUGCUUUGCCGUUGUGCCUGCAGGAUAUACAGAAAGAAGCCGAAGAUAAAGGAGAGAUUCCCAGACUGACUUCCACAGAGGACAUUACAUCAUGUGGAUGUAGAGUUAGUUCCUUCCAAGAAGGAAUAAUCAAGGGCGACGGCGGCGGCUGGAAGGUAGCAAAUCGCGAAGAGCUGCCCGCCUCUUUUAUCGCUGUCAAAGCGUCCGCGAAUCAGAUGCUGUGGCUUUCGCAGUACCCAAGCUUCUCCCCGGUCCUGCGCGCUCUUCAAGAACGCUUCGGUCCCGCCGAGAUUGAGAUUCCGCACGUUCUUGCACUAGAUGCCGCAGUGAACAUAGGAACCUUUAGGCAGACGUUGUACGGUUGGUUAAAGGGGGUUGAUAUAUUUAUCUAUGAAUUCGAACAUAUGCUUGUCGAGGGGGUUGAAACUCGAUAUCCAUGUCAACAGAGCAUGCAAACAUAACGGAAGAAUAUUUAUAAUAUGAUAUGACUUGGCGUUCGUACUACUUGAUUUAUCGGGAACGAACCAUCCAUCCCACUUCAUCGCAACCCGACCUACCUACCACUCCCCCCCCUGAGCUCUCUAGGCUCUGUCCCAGUACCCUCUUUGUCGUUCCCCUCACUUGCGCCCCCAGCGCCUCAGAAUCCUACCACGGGCCUUGGUUCCAGUACGUCGACGCCAGAUUGUUUAUCUAGCCAGUAUAUCAGCAUGCUCCUCUCCCACACCCUGUUGAACAUCUCCACCUGCAGCGAAGCGAGGUCCACUAGCGAGCUGUUUGAGUUCGUGAGG